AUGGCAAAAGAAACACCACACAAUUACCAAGAGAAACAACUCCAGAAAGUUGUCUGCUGCGGCGGCUUCGGCGAGCACCUGCAGGCGGCGCAGAGCUGCUUCGCCUUCGCCGCGCGCCUGCACCUGGAGCUGGGGCAGCCGGCGCUGGCGGCCGGACUGUGCCUGGAGCUGGGCUCCGCGCUGCGUGACAUGGGGCAGCCGGGCCAGGCCGCGCCGCAUUUUCAGCGUGCUGUCGAGCUGCUGGCGGCCGCCCAGCUGCCCCUGGAGGCGCUGCGCUGCCUGGGCCAGCUGGCCUCCUGCUUGCUGCUGGGCCGCGACCAUGACGGCGCCCUGGCCUUUCAGCGUGCUGUCGAGCUGCUGGCGGCCGCCCAGCUGCCCCUGGAGGCGCUGCGCUGCCUGGGCCAGCUGGCCUCCUGCUUGCUGCUGGGCCGCGACCAUGACGGCGCCCUGGCCGUGCUCACCCAGGCACAGCUGCUGGCCCAGGCUGGGCCCAGCCCGCCCAGCGGUGCAUUCCUGGAAGUGCUGGUGCAUUGCGAGGUGUCCCGUGUGCUGCUGCUGCUGCUGCUCCAGCCACCACCGCCCAAGCUGCUGCCCGAGCACGCUCGCACCCUGGAGAAGUACUGCUGGGAGGCCUUCGAGAGUGGGGCUGGGGCAGGUGCUGGGCAGCUGCCCCAAGCUGCCUACCUGCCCCCCGGCCUUUUCCUUCUGCUCCAGUCGGCCGUCAUGGCCUGCCAGGAGAAGGACCUCGAGGCACUCAAGGUGCUACAGGCUGAGCUCUGGCCACUGCUCAGCCCCGAGCAGAACCACUUGCUGCACCUGGUGCUGCAGGAGAUGAUCAGUCCCUCAGGGCAAGGUGUCUGAGCCCCCUCUGCCUCCAUGCAGUGGACCAGCUUUGUUCAACUGCUGCCACCUUCAUGUGGAGGUGGGAAGCAGGGGGAUGAGUGUUAGCCCCCUGCUGCUGCUGUCCUGGGAUUCAGAGCUCCUUGGGCCUCGCCCACCCUGGCACUGAUGUCACUCUUGCUUGCUUGCUCUUUGACAGUGAUACACUUGUGCUCACUCUGUGACAGUAACUUGGUGUUUCCACAGACACUGGGUUUGCUUGAACUGAGCUGCUGCUGCUAAUUUCACA